AUUCAUUUCGGAUGGUCCGUUCCGCUAGCAUGAUAUUGGUCAAAAGAAAAUGUCUGACAUAUGCGCAUACUUGAGCUAGCAAUUUUGCCGAAGCUUGUAUCAGCCAUGUCCUUCCGGAUUUUCCAGAAUUGCAAAAACAAAGCGCGACAACUUAAGAAAAGGAUGUGUGGAAAACAGCUAAACUGUAAUGCAAAGGAGGCGCUGAAAUAUGAUUCAAAGCAAAAAGUAGCCACCGGGAUGACACCAGGUAGAAACGAUCAUCCACCGGAUAUAACAACAGCCGACAAGCAAUGCACACAAGAUCCGAGAGCAGAUGGACAAUGGGCCAACGAAAACAAUACAGAUGAAAUAUCAGAUCUGGACAGAAUAAAGACGAAGGAACAGAGAGAAAUGAAAGAACAGCUAGAGAAAAAGCUAACUAGUAAUGUCGAUGAAACCACCGAAAAUGAAAUUUCUGUCUCCAGUCCAAUUUCAUUGGCCACGAUCGUUGAUUGUAUUCAGCAGCAGAUUCCAGUGCUGGAUAACAUGUCAGUUACGAAUUUCGAAGAAAUCUUGUCAACUUUUCAGAAAACAUCUGAGGAACUGAUCAGCGUAUCCUUGAAGGAGUCAAGAAAAUUCCUUGAUGAGGCACAACUCAUCGAAAGUGCGUUAAAUGCACUUGCAGAAUACAACAAACAUGCCAUGCAGCUGCUGAUUAAGAUGACCACAGACGGCAUUUUGUCUGUGCAUGCCCCCAGCACCAUGACGCCUGAACAACGUCUAAGCGCCAGUGCGGCUGCGCUGAGGCGGGCACAGUUACUAACUGAGACCGCCGACAGACAGCUGGAAUACAGCAAACAGUUAGGAGCGAUUGCAAGUCCGCUGACAUUGUGGCGAUUGGAUGCAAGUAAGGCUGUAUGGGAAGCGCAACGUGCUUUGAAACAAGCCGAGAAAAAGCACCUCGAGAUAAAAGAAAUGACGACACUGUACAACGCCUUACCUGCAACUGUCCCAAGGAAAACGAGUGAUGUAACUCUUCCAGAUGACGAUCAGUUGGAACAGAAGCGUCCCCAGAAUACAGAAGUUCUGCCCAUCUCGAGGGGUUCGGUACCAUCCAAAAAGUCAUCUACAACGGAACCCGAGACUCAAGAGGACUCUUCUGGUUUGGCCAAAGACUUGCAGUCACCCGAAACCAGCGAGCGGAAACAGAGAAGACAACAACCAAUCAAGAUGUGGCCGAAGCACACGUACUUUACCACAGAUGGCGAGAUAAUUUGCUACGUUAGAGCUCCGAGUGAUUGUCUAAGGAAGAAGGAGAAUUUGGUGUGCUCCUUCAGUGAGCCUCUCGCUCCUUGGCCGCCAAUCCCUGGACACACAGAAAGCAUUGGUCGCUUAGUGUCAAUUGAACCGAUAAAGAAUCGUAAAACUGUUAUAUUGCCAGAGGAACCAUGGAUCAUCGGAAUACCCCAUAAUUAUGGUAAAGUGGCAUCAAAGGAGACUGUGUUGUAUAUGAUUGAAGCUGGACCAAAAGGAGUCACCGCAUUGCAAGACGAUCUCAAGAACGUGAAGCAAACCGAGUUGGUGUAUUGGCAUGACCUUAAUACCACUGAUGUCAUCGCUGGUGAGAAUCACUUCCUUGAAGCCCGUCUGAACCAACUGACGAAUGUCACCUUUGCUCCUUUCACCCGGCUUCGACGAGACCGGAUUGAUAUUGGUAAACACGGAGGGCGGUUACAGUCUCUGACUGACCCCAGAGUCGCUUUGACUGUUCCACCAGAAGCAAUCAAGGUUCAGCAACUGGACUGCCGACAAGUGAAUGCCUUCAAGGAACGUAAUCAAGCUCUGAUGGCGGACUUUAUUGCAUGUAGUCCAAUGAUUUAUCUCACCUGUGCGAGGAAGCUUCUUUUCAAGCCGAUCACAGUGACGCUACCGGUGCCAGAAAUUUCAAUUGCAAAUAGACCGACAGUUUCUACAACAGUGAUGGACAGAAUGGAUGCGGAUACACGCAUAGACACAUCCAGCAUCAGUGAAGAAGCCUCCGGACCCAUCAGUAAUAAAGCGUCCAGCAAAGUGGUCUACGACGGAUUUCAAAAGUCACUCAUUCUGCCGCUGCUUUUGGCCGGUUCCAGAACAGAGGUGUCCGAAGUGGUUUUGAUGCAAAAAUCCGAGAGCUCAGGUUACAAAUGGGUCAUUUCAAAGGACGCAAAACUCUCGGAAACUAGGGCUGAUGUGUCCACUUUCCAUUUUCGGCGAAUAGAAACCUGCAGGUUGCUGGUCCUCAAGAUGAGAAGACUGGCUGAUUCAGAAACCCUGUCGCAGUGCGCGACCUAUCUGGAGCAAAGUUUUUCGCAACAUGUAGCCUACAUUUCUGUGCGCCGGCAUCACAAACAACCACAGCAACUGUGUUUGCUGCUCUCCUCUCUGGACCAACUGGAGUCGGAGCUCCAUGCACUCGCCGAAGAGGGAUACAAGGAAGGCGACAAGCCCCAUGGGCCUAUGUUUCUGACCGAAGGACAGCAUUUGGACAUUGAAUUCAGAUCAAACAUCCGGCCACGCCAGGUGGAUAGCCCAGCAACCGAGCAAGCUAAACAAUGCAUGAAAAUUAUGUUCAACUCAGCAGUUUCAAAUAGAAAAAAGAUUACUGUCGAGGCAAUAGAUACCUCAGCGCAGGUUGGUCUGGAUGAAUAUCGUGGAUUCAUGGAUGUCUACUGCAUGAGGGAACUCAUUGUUCCAGUAUCCCAAAAGCGCAACGGAAACAUAGACGCCCUACACGAGGAGUGGUAUCCAUCCCCUAACGUACUAAAACUCAAAAAGUCCCGAUUCCGACAGACCACCGAACGCACCCAUUUAACUCGGAUUGUGCUAAGGCUCCCCAAGCAAUCGACGGUAUUGGAACCUCAAGCUGAACAGAGAGCGUUUCACUUCGAAGUCAGAGACUGUGUAGACCACAAGUACUUAAAGGAACUGGCGAAACGGUUGCCCAGUGACACUUGGAAGAAGUUAGGUCUGGCGCUGGACAUGUCACGAGGUCGGAUUCAGGCAAUUGGUGGUAAGACACGCGGGGGUGCCGAGGAGCAGGCCUAUGCAAUGCUCAUUAGUUGGAUCAAAACGCUACCAGUUUCCGCCAACAGGUUCACACUUCUUUACCACGCCCUACAAACCAUCGGCAGAACGGAUCUAGCAUUGCAGCUGCGUGACCGCGGUGAAGAAAAUUGGGAUGACGAGGUCACAAGCUCCGGCUAACCAACACACCAUCCCGAAGAGGUCUUCUACUCACAUUGUCCAGGAACCGAUUGGAUGUAGCAUUUUUGUACGGAAGAACCUUGCUUUUGACAUAUGCUGUAAUUUGCUUCAAUUCAGUUUUCCUCGUUUUAUUUUAAAUGCUAGUGCUACAAUUUCAUCGAUAGAUGGUUAUGCUUUG